AUGCGAUUGCAUUUCCGUGUUAAGGAUAUAUGUAGCUUCGCGUCUUUCCUUAGUAAUGGAGCUUACUGCUGUUAUCAAACACAAAGACAUUUGUCUAGGAAGUUAGGCAAUGCAUCAACAUAUUAUUAUGAUGUGCUUGGCUUGAAACCAAAUGCAACACAAAGUGAGAUCAAAAGUGCGUAUUACAAAUUGUCAAAGCUGUAUCAUCCUGAUCGCACAAAGUGUCCACAAAACAAUUCCCGUUUUCUCGAAAUAAAGGAAGCUUACGAAAUUCUAGGAAACUCGAAGAAGAAAUUGAUGUAUGACAAAGGAAUAUACAACAAUAGCACUUCAAGAACUGAUUCAACCACCACUGCAAGUCGCAAAAAGACAGAAAGCCACACAGAAACGUUCAAGAAAGACUACCAUUCAAAAUACAAAGGACCUCUCCGAUCUUCAGAAGACUUGAGGCAUGAUGAGUUCCAUCGCCAGUUCUACAAUGACUUGCGUGUUGGCCGAAGAAAACGGCACGGCCGUUUAGAUGAGCAUCGCUUAAUGCUACUACUAAUGAUGUACGGAUACACUGUAGUGUUCCUGUUAAUUAUUAUUUCGUUAGUGGAUCGAUAA